CAGCUCACACUCACUGUCAGUCUGUCACUGAGCAAGCUAAACAGCAAACAUCUACUAGCACACUCUAGCAGAAGCUCAAUCCUCGGCCUUCAUUAGCUAGCAAAAUCUUGCUUAUUCAGAGUAGAUACUUGUGCAAUCAUCAACAUAUAUCUAGAGAUCAUGGCGGGAAAGCUGGGGCAGCUGAUGACGAGGCUGCACCUGGCGCGGAGCCGAUCGCCGGCGUCGGCAGCGGCGGACGUGCCACGGGGCCACCUGGCGGUGUACGUCGGCGAGGGGCGGAAGCGGCUGGUGAUCCCGACGGCGUGCCUGAGCCACCCGGCGUUCGUGACGCUGCUGAAGCGGGUGGAGGACGAGUUCGGCUUCGACCACCGCUGCGGCGGCCUCACCAUCCCCUGCGCGUCGGAAGGCGACUUCGCCGACAUCAUCGCCGCCGCUGUGGACGAGCACCACCACCACCACCGAUGAGUGAUGAUCGGCCGAGUCCGGUCGAUCUUGCUGCAGAUCAUUAGGUUCCACUUCCAGUUCCAGCUACCUUGAACAAAAUUGUUCUUGGAGUGUCGUAGCAGUGUAGCGCGCCAAUGUUCUGUUACUAAGUGUAGCUAGCUCGUGCUGGGAUUGCUUGACCCUGUAAAGAUUAUGAUUAGAAAUUGGAAUGAGCUCUUCUCUCACCCAGAGUGUAGUAUCAGAAACCCGUGGCAAUAUAAUGGAACUGGUAUUCGAAGCCAUCAAAA